CUCUCCGUCUCCGCUGCAUCCCUCUUCCCUCCUCCUCCUCCUCCUGCUCUCUCUCGCUACACUCGCGCUCCCAUACGACUGAAGGUGCCGCCGCCGCCGCCGCCCUAGGCCAGGUGCUGAGGCAUUCCUUGGUCUCUUUGCCGGCGACGAGCACCCACCAGGUGCCGAAGAAUAAGGGAGGGGAUCAGCAAAUCGGUGCGCUGCUGUUCAAAUGCUGGGGAGGAAAUCAACAGAUCAGGGGGGCCUGGCAAAAUGCUGCGCAGCCAGGGUGACUGGCUGACUGACUGGCCUCCCCCGCCCGCCAAACUCCCCGUUUCGUGCUUACUUACCGGCAUGCUCGCAGCAUAAAGGAAUCUUCUCGGCAUUCCGUGGCCGUGGCUGCCCCAAGUUUCAAGACAUGGACCAUGUGCCAGCUCUAGUUCUUGCCGCCGUGUGCUUCCUGGCCUUGCUGCCUGGCUGGGCUAGUGGCCUUGGCUCCAUGUCGUCCAUCGCGGUGUCCUAUGGGGAGGACGGUCCGGUGUUCUGUGGCCUCAACUCCGACGGCUCCCACCUCGUCGCCUGCUUUGGUGCGGACGCCUCGGUUCUGUAUGGCGCCCCGCCCAACAUCCCGUUCCUUGGCCUCACGGCGGGGGAUGGGUUCGUGUGCGGCCUCCUGCUCGACACCAGGCAGCCGUAUUGCUGGGGGAGCAACUCCUAUGUCAAGAGCGGGGUGCCGCAGCCGAUGGUCGAGGGUGCGAGGUACUCCGAGCUCAGCGCGGGGGACAACCACCUCUGCGCGCUGCGAGUGGCUGAAGAUGGGGGCCGUGGUUCGAGCGCUGCUAGUGCUAAGGCGUUGAUCGACUGCUGGGGAUACAAUAUGACCGCCACACAUGUCGUCGAUGAAGCCGUGUCAACUGUUUCAGCCGGUUCGGUAUUCAAUUGCGGCUUGUUUGCUCGGAACAGGACGGUGUUCUGCUGGGGCGACGAGACAGUGAGUGGUGUCGUUGGGCUGGCACCAAGGAAUGUGCGCUUCCAGUCUAUCGGCGCGGGUGGUUACCAUGUCUGUGGGGUGUUGGAAAAUGCACAGGUGUUCUGCUGGGGCAGGAGCUUGGAAAUGCAGCAGGUAGCACCGUCCAGUGCUAUCGGCGUUGGUGAUGUGAACAUAGUGCCAAUGGAUGCGAUGGUCGCUGUGGUUGGUGGGCGGUUCCAUGCGUGUGGCAUCAGGAGCCUUGACCACCAAGUGGCUUGCUGGGGUUUCACUCUUCAUAACAGUACGUCACCACCGAAAGGGCUGAAGAUGUAUGCGCUUGUCGCUGGGGACUACUUUACUUGUGGAGUGCCUGCUGAGACUUCACUGAUGCCAAGGUGCUGGGGCAACAGUGGGCCAUUGGCAUUACCGAUGGCCGUACCUCCUGGGAUUUGUGUUCCUACCGCAUGCAGCCAUGGGUACUAUGAGUAUGUGAACCAUGGUGAAGUUGGCAGCAUCAAGGUGUGUAAGCCUGCGAACUCUAGACUCUGCUUGCCCUGUAGUACAGGUUGCCCAGAAGACUCGUAUGAGUCAUCUCCUUGCAAUGCAACAGCUGACCAUGUUUGCCAGUUUGACUGCUCGAGGUGUGGCACAGAUGAGUGCCUGUCAUUCUGCUUAUCACAGAAGCGGACCAAGAGUCACAAGUUGAUGGCUUUUCAGAUGCGCAUCUUUGUAGCAGAGAUUGUGUUUGCCAUCAUCUUGGUACUCAGCGUGUCAGUAAUCUCUUGCCUAUACGUCCGGCACAAGCUUCGACAUUGUCAAUGUUCAAAUAGGGAGCUGAGACUGGCUAAGAGCACAGCGUACUCUUUCCGGAAGGAUAACAUGAGGAUCCAGCCUGAUGUGGAGGAUUUGAAGAUCAGGAGAGCUCAGGUAUUCUCCUAUGAAGAGUUAGAGCAGGCAACUGGUGGCUUCUCAGAGGAUUCACAAGUCGGCAAAGGCAGCUUUUCAUGUGUAUUCAAGGGCAUACUGAGAGAUGGGACAGUGGUUGCUGUGAAGCGUGCAAUAAAAGCAUCAGAUGUGAAGAAGAGCUCAAAGGAGUUUCACAACGAACUUGACCUCCUAUCCAGGCUCAACCAUGCACAUUUGCUGAACCUGCUUGGUUACUGCGAGGAUGGCAGUGAGAGGCUCUUGGUUUAUGAGUUCAUGGCUCAUGGAUCCCUGUACCAGCAUCUGCAUGGCAAGGAUCCAAACUUGAAAAAGCGACUGAACUGGGCAAGGCGGGUCACCAUUGCUGUCCAGGCCGCUAGGGGAAUUGAGUACUUGCAUGGCUAUGCUUGCCCUCCUGUAAUUCACCGGGACAUCAAGUCGUCAAACAUAUUGAUUGAUGAGGAUCACAAUGCGCGUGUUGCUGACUUUGGUCUAUCUAUAUUGGGUCCUGCAGAUAGUGGUACCCCACUGUCCGAGCUGCCAGCAGGGACCCUUGGCUACCUUGAUCCUGAGUACUACCGUCUCCACUACUUGACUACAAAAUCUGAUGUCUACAGCUUCGGGGUUGUUCUCCUGGAGAUACUAAGUGGCAGGAAAGCGAUUGACAUGCAGUUCGAGGAAGGCAACAUUGUUGAAUGGGCAGUACCACUGAUCAAAGCAGGGGACAUUUUUGCCAUCCUUGAUCCAGCCUUAUCUCCUCCCUCAGACCUUGAGGCCCUCAAGAAGAUUGCUUCUGUGGCAUGUAAGUGUGUCAGAAUGCGGGGGAAAGACCGGCCUUCCAUGGAUAAGGUGACAACUGCUCUAGAGCAUGCCCUUGCACUGCUGAUGGGCAGUCCCUGCAUUGAGCAGCCCAUUCUGCCGACUGAGGUUGUUCUUGGAAGCAGCCGAAUGCACAAGGUAUCACAGAUGUCCUCUAACCACUCUUGCUCAGAGAACGAGCUUGCUGACGGUGAGGACCAGCGGAUUGAGUACAGGGCACCUUCCUGGAUAACUUUUCCUAGCGUGACCUCAUCACAGAGGAGGAAAUCAUCUGCAUCUGAAGCUGACAUUGUUGGCCGAAGGACCACAGAUGGUAGGAACGUCGGGAGCAGCAUAGGUGAUGGCCUGCGGUCACUGGAGGAAGAAAUCGCUCCGGCUUCACCACAAGAGAACCUGUACUUGCAGCACAACUUCUGAAGAAAUUUCUGGAGAUGCAGAAACCAGAGCAGUGACUUUCUGCCAAUGCUGAGCAGCAUUUUAAGUUCGGACUUCAUGCCCUGUUGCUAAAUCCAAAUGCAUUACAGUGUUUAUACGUCCUAUAUAGUAGCAGGCCGUCUAAAAACAGAGAGCUAAUUAGUACUGGAAGAAUUUUUUUAGCAUCCAGAAGCAUUCCUUUGUAGAUUCAUAUGGUCCCUUUCUUUUCCUGUCAUGAUCUAUCUUCUGAUGGUUGCAGUUGAUGGAUUAUCUUGUAUCCUUAGCUUGCAAAACUGUGUAGUUUCCUUGAUCCUUCAGAUCAUCCCUUUGGUUCGCGAUGCUGCUUCUGCAUGUUAAAUGGCAGUAGCUUUGGGAACUAACUGCAUGUCUGGGUCACCAUGUUUAGCAUUCUUUCGCUUAUGUUCCUGUGGAAGGUUUCUUC